AUCGCAACAAUCAGACAAAAAUAUAUUUGCAUACGAACACACACUCUCCUGAGCACAUAGGACCAAGAGUAAAAGAUAAUAAAGCACAGUGUCGGCAUAUAUUCAAUGCUUAAGUGAAACUUUUGAAAUCAUUGUUAAUCAGCUGCAUUGGGCUGCACUGGGAGUUAAAUGCAACCUCGAUGAAGAUGCGAAACUAUUCAAAGUUUUGUCAAAAAUAUGCAAUUUUGAGAAAAUUGAAGAAUGAACGGGAAAUUUAAAUUGGAAAACUUGUUAUUUGUUUGAUGUCCGCUGGUAUUGGAAAAGGUGUCUGGGAAUAUUAAUACUUAAUUUAGCAUAAAAUAUGGCCAAUCCAAUACCAGCGGACAUGAAAGAAUAAUUGAAAAUUACCCUUUACCCAUAGUUUGUUUGCUCUAAACCACUCGAUAUAAAAGCAUCUAAUUUGCAUUUCCCUUUUCAGACAAAAACUUAUAACGUUGUCCCCCUGUGGACUUUUUAGUUUAUCUACCAUGAUGCUUCAUAAACCGUAACAAGCAGUGUAACAUUUAGCGUUUUAUCAGGCAGUGACCAGAUCACACAUCACCUGCACACGUCAACUAAUGUGUGUAUAACGCAAAUGUCUUUCAUUUCUUUCUACAUGAACUACGUGGCCGACUGCUGAUCCAAACAGGAGUGGGACGGCUCCAUUGGCCUGUCUGGUUACCAUGCUGCACUCCCAGGUGAGGGGAGACCGAGUCAAGAACAGUAUCUUCUUCAAGCUCCCUGGACGAAUGAGCCUUUUUACUCUCAAGAAAAAUGCCCUCCAGUGGACAAAGGCAACCUCAGAGUCAGAGACACGGUCAGAGUCGGCCGGCGGCACCGCCAACCCUGCCUCCAGCAGCAGCAGCGCCACAGCGGCGGGACUGGCUGUGACCCCGGUCGGCCCCACUGAUGCCACUGAGCAGGAGAGCUGUGACUCCACUGAGACGACUGCUGCUGCCAGCGUGGACAAUGAUGCCUCAGUGGAUGAGAGUUCAUCCAGCGCCUCGUGCUCUGCAGACGUUCAGCCUCCCAUCAACCAGCCCCAGACCCGGCUCAGCAGAGCUGCAGGACGCACAGAAACACAGCAGACCCAACACGCCCAGACCAGACUGAGCCGUUCCAGACAGUCAGGGAGACAGAGGAAGAAAGCUGUCAUGAUGCCUCGUGUCGUCCUCACGCCUCUUAAAGUAAACGGAGACCAUGUCCCUUCAGGGCCCAUGAAGCGGAGUCGAGGAGGGGUGGAUGUAGACUUUGAAACACCAGGCUCCAUCCUGGUCAACACUAACAUCAGAGCCCUUAUCAAUGUACGGACCUUCUCAGCCUUCCCCACACACUCACAACAGCAGCUACUACAGCUGCUGCCAGAGGUGGACCGACAGAUUGGACCUGAUGGCAUGACCAGACUGAGUAGCUCAGCUCUCAAUAAUGAAUUCUUUACCCAUGCCUCUCAGAGUUGGAAAGAAAGGCUGGCUGAAGGUGAGUUCACCCACGAAAUGCAAGUGCGAUUCCGUCAAGAAAUGGAGAAAGAGAAGAAGGUAGAGGCAUGGAAGGAGAAGUUCUUUGAAGAGUACCACGGACAAAAGUCUGGCCUAACACGAGAGGAGUCUCUCAAACUUACCAUGAGCGAAACCAGUGAAGUUGCAGCCAGUGUUCUGGACAGUGAUGUUGCAGUGGUGGCCGCUGGUACCCCCAAAAGACGUAGCGUGGGUCGGCGGAGGAGAGACGGCAGGAUGAGGAGACGCACAAGGGCCGACUUGCGUCGCAGGGCCCGCCGACCCCUCUGCAAAACCACUCCAGCCCUGCAGUCUGCAGAAGCUGCUGAUGACAGUGCUGCACUGGACAUCUCGGCAGUCUCCAUGGGCUCCCCCAUGUCGGACAAUACGGUGGUUCAAGGAGAGGUGGUGCUGCAGGCUGACUGCGGCGUGGAGCUGCCUGCUGAGAGUGCCUCCACAGAGCCAAACCCCUCUCCCACUCCGGAGCCAGUUACAUUGCCAGACCCUGCUCCCGCACCUACUCCAACUCCCAGUCCUAGCCCAAGCCCAGCAUCCACCAGUGCGACUGAAGAGCCUGAAGUUACUGCACGCCUGUUACCCGAGGAGGCUGCGCCUGCACUGGCUUCCACUACCUCUCCAUCCUCCUCCUCCUCUUCUUCCUCAUCUGCCUCCUCACCUGCCUCCUCGCCCUCCUCACCUCCCGAUGGGCAGGGAGCUUUUGCUGCAGGCCUGGACUCUUCUUCAUCCUCCUCAGCGUCCUCCAGUGCAGCAGUUGCUGUUGAUGCCCUGGACGAAACUGCCUCGGUGGUCACGUCCAUCACAGGGGGAACUGCCACCAGCAGCCGCGAGAGCAGUCCAUCAGCCAGCCCAGCCUCCACCCCUGCGUCCAGCACCCACCUCAAGGAGCAGAAGAGAAGGCCAGAUGAGGCUGAGGCCUUCUCCAACUUCCCUGAAAAGAGGCCACGGCUUGAUGACCGUCAGUCCUUUCGUACCACAAUUGACAGUGUGCGUUCAGAGAAGCCACAGCCGACAACGGAAGAACCCAAGGUGCCGCCAAUCCGGAUUCAACUAUCCAGGAUCAAACCUCCCUGGGUCAAAGGGCACUCCACCUACCAGAUCUGCCCGCGGAUCGUGCCCCCCAGCGAGGGCUCGCGGCGGUCGGGGACGGGGGGGGCGCGCACCUUGGCGGACAUCAAAGCCCGUGCCCAGCAAGCCCGGGCCCAGCGCGAGGCCGCUGCUGCUGUUGCAGCCUCUGGCGAGGGGACAGGGCCGCCCAGCACCAGGCUGCGGCCUGCUGCUGGGCUACCGGAUAGCGCCAAUGGACGACGAGCGCGAGAGCAUCCAGGACCUAUCGAGCCCGGAGGAGGAGGAGGAGGAGGAGGAGGAGGAGGAAAUGGAAGAAGGGGAAGUAGUGGGAUGGACGAGCAGGGAUCGUCUUCAGGCACUAAUUCGUCUGGAACACAACUACAGCUUCUCAAUGUAGACCUCACAUCCCAGCCUUCCCCUUCAUUGUCCACUACCUCAACCUCCAUGUCCUUGGAGCCCCCGCAGACCCCUAGUCCUCACCAGGAAGAAACAGUGGCGGGCGAACAGGGUGGAGAUGGCAUGGAAGCAGCAGCAUCAUCCAGUGUCCAGGCCUCCUCCAAUGGAGUCACAGACAAGCCUUGCACACUCUCCCCAGAACCUGACACCAUACCUGAGUCAUCAGUCCCUGAGCCAGCUCAGCAAAGCCAGCUGCCCGAAUCUGUUGCUGAGAGGCCAGACAAAGGUUGUGAAAAACGUUCACUGGUCCCAACCUCAAUCCCAGAUUCCCUUCCUAGGUUUGGGGCUCAGGGUGUGGACAUUAUUCAGACACUGGCCAGUAAUUGUCAGGCUAAAGAUCGCGAACAAGGGAAGGACACUGUACUGGGGGGUGUUAUUCAGCAUGGCUCUCACCUGGUGGACUCCCACGAGGCAUUCCCUCUCUCAGCUACUGAAAGACGGCAAUCGGAUUCAUCCUCUCGCCAACAUUUGGAUUCUUCUGGUAGAGAGAAAGAUGACGAGGCCGGCACACAUAGUGACUCAACAGAAACGGCUUCAGACUGUGAGAACGAGAGCCAGGAGGAUGAGCAGCAGCCUGACCAGGACUGGUGUCCCCAACUGGGCACCCAGAGAAAUAGCCGACUGGUCAUCUGUAGCCCUCCGGCUCAGAACCAGCAGCCAGUCAUUCAAACUCACGUCUCUAGCCACUUAGGUCAGACGGUCAUUCAGUCUUGCUUUCCCAAUGGUCCACCUCACCCGCAACACAACCGCCCCAACUCCCAAGACCACCUAUCUCUACCCAAUGCCAUCUCACACGGGCUACGAGACCCCGGUGUUGUUGACAAAAUGGAGCCUGGAGAUGAAUGUAGAGCUUCCAGGCAGAGCUCUGCUGAAGAAGAGUAUCAUGGCGGUUUAAAGCCCUGUGCAGCUGCCUCCAAACGACUGGGUAGCUCGGCCAGAGCUGUGUCCAGUGUGGAGGCAAAUAACCCGUUGGUCACUCAGCUGCUACAAGGCAGCCUGCCCCUGGAGAAAGUUCUACCUUCACACUCUGGUAAUAGGCUGGAGAUAAGCCGAUUGCCCGGACCCCAAACCAGACCAGCAGCAGCAACGGGGCCUCACAACCGGCCCGAGGUCUCGGUCCAUUCUCCUGGCCCAGACGUGAAUACAAGUUCUCAGAUCCACAACAAGCCACCAACAGGCCGCACUGUCUCCUGUUUGAUGGAGGCACCACCUGUGUCGAAGUACCAGCCUCAGCAGGCCUCUGGUGCUGUACCGGUCAUUAUAUCUCUGCCACCACCCGCCUCCAGCUCUUUGUCCUCCAGAAACAAGUCGGACGUCGGCCCUUCGAAUUCUGUGGAAAAUGCGGUAAUUCAAGAGUCGUCUCAGUCCUCACAGUUGUCCACUCCAGACAGGCACCAACCAGCCCACCUGACCAUGCAGAAUGGCCCCUCCCCUACCCACGCAGACCCCUGUCCACCAGAGGUAGUCCCUGCUAUUAAGAUUAAGUGGUGCUCGCCACAAUCUCAAGUCUCCCACUCUCAGCAGCAGCGACUUUCUCCAUCCCCCACUGUGAAAAAUGAAGUCGGUGCACGCCCCUCUUGCCAGGCCCUUGCCAAAUCCUCCCCUACUGUACCCAUGAGUGUUACCAAAAAGGAGCCUGGGAACUCAAUGGACGGCUACCUGUGUGGCAGGGCGAUGGAGGGACUCCUCAACAUGGAGAUGACUUUAGCCAGGAUGGCAAAGAAAGAGCACAUCAAAAUACCUUACUCCUCGGGCUCUUCCUCCUCCUCCUCUCCUUCACCCUCCUCCUCCGCCUCCUCCCUUCCCUUCCAGCUGUAUGGGAAGCUCCCCAAGCAAGGUGGAGGAGUAAGCUACACAGCCAACGUGUCGGUGAUGGAUAACGGCGGUUUCUCCCGCAGCAUGGCGGACGGCGUCCUUCAGCUGCGCCCCCGCCUGGCCUCCAGCCAGACCACCCUCAGCAUCCAGGCCUUUGCCGACAGUACGGCCGAGGAGGUGGCGCUCAAGUGCUCGUGUCGUCUCAAAGCCAUGAUCAUGUGCCAAGGCUGCGGUGCCUUCUGCCAUGAUGAUUGCAUUGGACCCUCCAAACUCUGCGUGUCAUGUCUGGUGGUCAGAUAGUUUGUUAAAGACCCUUCGCUGUGCUAUCUGUAUAGUGUCAGCAGCAGGACUGGGGGCUCCUGAGUGUACAGAAGCCUGAUUAGUAUAGGACGAGCCUGAUAGGCAAGAUUUGCCUUGUAUAAUAAAUUGUAUUUUCUUUUUGUUAUUGUUGCAGAUCGGUUCUGUAUUAUUUUAUAUUUUUUUCGUACAGUUUUGACUGAAUUAUUAUUAUUAUUAAUAUUAUUAUUGUUGGUGUUAUUAUUUUUUUUUCUUAUUGUGGAUUUGGGGCAUGAUUGAUUUGUAAAUUGUGCCUUUUUGUUUUCUUUCCUCAAAAAACAUUUACCUCAUCUUAUCUUGCUCCACCUGUCAUCAUCUGGUGGUCAUCAUUGUUUUCAUCCCUUGUUUUUCCGGCAAACAAGGACUUAUUAUUGUCUUCGCGCAAAGAAAUAUUUUUUUAACCAUUAAAAUGAGUAAACGACGUAAAUGUU